UGUACUCCGUACUCACUCCUAAGUAGGUACAGACAAAAGAAUUUUACAUCUACCAUUUCGUUUUUGGUAUUGGACAAUACUUUUCAUGAUUUGUUGCUACUAGUGGAUUUCUUCUCUCCGGGCUUUUUAUUUAUUAUAACCUCUGAUCAAGCCAGAACUGGUCACCAACCACUUUUACCUUUAUAUUUAUAUGUACACAAUUCCUCGACAUCAUGUUAAACGACACAAACGAGACGACCGAUGCUUCUAACACCACCUUCUCUCCGGUCCCUGCUCCUUUGGAAGAGGCCGUACCGCCGGCACUCUUGCACCGAUCUCUCCGUCAGGCCCCUUACCUGGUGAAAUCCGCCAAGGGACUCGCCAUCACACUGUCCGACGGGCGGACCGUCCUCGACGCCUGCGGAGGCGCCGCCGUGGCCUGCCUGGGCCACGGCAACGAGGAAGUGCUGCGCGCGGUGACGGCCCAAAUGUCGAGCGGCGUGAGUUACCUGCACUCGCUGACCUACACGACGUCGGCGGCCGAGGAACUCGCCCACGCCCUCGUCGACGGACCCCACGGCGGGUCCAGGUUCGGUCUGGAGCGGGCGUACUUGGUCAACAGCGGCAGCGAAGCCAUGGACGCCGCCCUCAAACUGGCCCGGCAGUACUUUUUCGAACUCGACGGCCCCGGGACGACGAGGUCACACUUCGUCGCCCGCCGUCAAGCCUACCACGGCACCACCGUCGGGGCCAUGAACGUCAGCAGCAACCUGCCGCGCAAGAUCCCCUACGCCAACCUCCAACUACCCAACGUGUCUUGGGUCACCCCGGCGUACCAGUACCAGUACUCCAACUGGCGCCAGGGCGAGACCGAGGGAGAAUUCGCCGCGAGACUCGUCGAGGAGCUGGACGCCCAUUUCCGGUCUCUCGGCCCGGACAAGGUGGUCGCCUUCAUCGCGGAACCUCUGGUCGGCGCGACGAGCGGAUGCACGCCCGCACCAAAGGGCUACUUCGCGGGCGUGAGAAGGGUCUGUGACGAGCACGGGGUCCUCUUGAUCCUCGACGAGGUCAUGUGCGGCAUGGGCAGGACGGGGACGCAAUUCGCCUUUGAACAGGAGGAAGGACGCGUGGUCCCGGACAUCAUGACCAUGGGGAAAGGUUUGGGUGGAGGGUUCGCCCCGGUGGCCGGGAUGCUCGUCCACAAAAAGGUCCUCGACGUCCUCCGAAAGGGGACCAGCAGUUUCAACCACGGCCACACCUACCAGGCCCACCCGGUGGGGUGCGCGUCCACGCUGGCGGUGCAGAGGAUCAUCGCCCGGGACGGCGUCAUCGAGAAUUGCGCCCGCAUGGGCAAGGUCCUGCGGUCCCUGUUGGGCGACACGCUCGGGCCCCGAAAGUACGUCGGCGACAUCAGAGGGCGUGGCCUGUUCUGGGGCAUCGAGUUCGUCAGGGACAAGACCACGAGGGAUCCGUUCCCGCCCGGUGUCGCGUUCGGCCCAAGAUUUCAACAGAUGGCUUUCGAGUUGGGAGUGGCAGUCUACCCUGGUAGUGGGACCGUGGAUGGCACAAAGGGAGACCACGCCAUCAUAUCGCCGCCGUACAACGUGACGGAGGACGAGCUGAGGGAGAUUGUGCGUAUUGUACACGAGGCGUACGAGAGACUGGAAAAGGAGGUUGACGAUGCUGGACAUGGCCGGUAAUAGAGACGAUGCCCCAAUAUACUGGACAAACAAAAAGGUACUGCACCACAUUAUUCAUUAGUCCCUUACGGAGUACUCGUUCUCGGUCACACAUAAAAACCACUCCUUCUUCUCUGUCAUAGCA